AUGGGACUACAACCAAACAACCAGUUUGAUUUCCAUGCCUUAAUUCAGCUUAUUCAACAAUAUCACCUGGUGUCAUUUGAGCAGAUUCGACAAACUAUUGUCACUUUGUAUCCAAGCAUACCGGUUGACGGAUCAUCACAACUGGAUCCAGUUGCAUUGGUGAGAUGUUAUGUAUUGUCUAUUGUUCAUGUUGGUGCUGAGCCAUGCGAGUCGCUUGCAUCAUAUUCUAAUGCUGGUGAUCUUCAAUCGUUUGUAGAAGAGGCUCGUGAACUUAUUGUCACAUUAUGUAACAUUCAUGAGCAUAUUAGCAACACUGGAAAGACUAAUUCAAUUGAAUCAAGCAUGAAGUCUGAUGUCACUCUCUUUGAAUCAGAAAUAGCAAAGUGGACCAGUUUAAUUUUGGCAUGGUCACCAUUUCUUAGUAUUCACCAUCCAGAGUGGGCUCAACAGGUGUUGACCUUUAGAAAGGGUAUACCUACAUCACUAUUACAAAUUAUACACAAAACGGUAAUUAAACUCAUCAAUGAAUCUUUGCAACAGCUGAGCCCCCACUCAAUUUAUAAGAUUCUGGAGAAGCUGCUGUUUAUUCCCAAGGAGGUUGUUGAAAAGUUUUUAAGAACAUACCAGCCUCAACAUGCUGAAAUGUUGACUCAUGAUGUAGUGUGGCAAAAUCUGUUUACCCUUGUCAUCAGUCGGUUUGAUGAUUGGAAACCUCUAAAAUCAAGCAUUUUGGUUUUGCUAGAGUCCGUCGCUCAAAAAGCUCGAAAUCGACUACAUUUCUUUAAGGACGUACUACGUUUAGCACAACCACAACGCUGUCCUGAUAUUCUGUCAAGUGAGGGCUCAGAGUUACUACAUGAUUUGAAAGAAUUCUUGAUUAAUUACUUGAAAAAUGCAAAAGGCUAUCUGCAAGUACAAUUGGGAAGUGUACUGGAUCUGUUGGACUCAGAUGGACAAUCACAAUUACGAGACACUCUACUUGAUGUUUUCUGUGAGGUUAUCUUACCUAACCAAGAUGAAUUUCUAGAGCAACAAACAGAUGCAGUCAAGCAGUUUCUUAGUGACCUUUCAAGUGAAUUGAAGACAUUGGGAGAGAAAAUGAGCAAGAACACAUUACCUAACAAUGGGAUCAGAAGUUUAACAUGUUGGCGAUUAUUGGUUCAUUGCUGUCAAUGUGCAUCACCUUCACAGCUUACUCUUACUAAUCCACCAAGAUGGAAGGCACUGGCAAAUGUUCUUAAAUUUUUUCAUACCUAUUGGCCUUUGUCCUCAUCGGAAACUUCUGUAGUAUCCAUUCAAACAAGCACUGAGGCUUUACUUACAAAAGACAUGCAAGAAUAUGGGUCAUGGUAUUUUGCUGUUCGUGAAUGGCUUUAUGGUAUUCACCAUCGUGUUGUUAAUGGUGAAAUUACACUUGGUGAACUGAACGAUUUUGAGCAGAAUUAUUACAGGGUAAAGGAGUUGUAUGACUCAUUUUUGUACUCAAGCUUUCUCAUUGCAGUUGACGACAUUAAUGGCAUGGUUAAAGAGUUUGAGAAUGUGGCAAUGACACUUACUCCAUAUCUCCUAUAUGAAACAGCUAGUCACAAAUGGAAAAAGACACAAGAUUUAUUGGUCUUUUGGGGCGUGAAAAUUGAUAAGGAGCUGUUCCAGUUAGUGGAGAAAAGUUUAGAUUUCACACAGGUCUACUCAGAGAAGACUGUAGGCAGUAUGAAUGCGUGCUUGUUGUCUUUUAAGCCAAGUGUCAGAUACAAAGACAUUAAGGCUAUUCAUGACAAAGUCAGCUUGUGGUUAGUUCCGAUUAUUGGUGACAAGAACAUGCUCUACUACUUUUCUGCUCAUGAAAGUGUUCUGUUUCAAGUAUAUUUGGAGGAACAGCUAACAGAUCAUUUACAACACAGUCAAGUACAAAGUGAGGUAGCUGGCCAAACUCUAGCUAUUUCACGAAACAGUGUGAUGGUUAGUUCUAUUUUUGGACUUGGGUCAGACAUCACUGAUGCUGAUGAUGAAGAUCAAUCAAUGAGUAAUACAAGAAGUCUUCAUACAUUUGCUGAAGGCUUGCAAAAAACUCGCAGUUGCUUAACUCGACUAUUAAAUCAAACAGCAAGGUUUCAAGAUGUGUCUGUUAUUGGACAGGAACGGUUUAGAGGGGUAGAUGUUGACAGAGAAUUUGCUACACUUGUGGAGUACUCUGAAUUUAGAGACUUGAGUGUCUCCAAGUCAGUGCAUAGUGGAAUCAGUGAUAUGCUGAGUCUCAUUCAAUAUGCUGGUGUUAUACAGACUGUUAUCAGUGUGUGUGAGCAGUACAACAUGAGAAAUUGUUUGAGUGAUCAGAAGUUCAUCAGGCUGAAGGAGUUUGGUGCAAAGUUGCAAAACUCUUCUCAAAUGGAUGAACUAACAAUUGCUGAAAGCAGUGAGGAGAAGAAGAAGCUGGACAUGCUUUUUAUGGAUACGCCGGUCAGCAGACUGCAUGUGUUUGAUGCUGUUCAACAAAGUGAGGAGUUUUUUACUUUCAUUUGUGACAACAAAUUCUACACACACACAGGAAGAAUCAGCUUUAGCGAGCAGGUUGGUUUGAUAACCAAUCAGUUGAAAGAUCAAGAGUACGAUGAAACAGUGCUGAGUCACUUGCAAGUUGCUUUUCAGUGUGUGGUACCUUUCACAGACCCAAAUGUUACAUUCUCAGAUCUUCUUCAAACUCUGAAACAAUCUGAUGUGUUUAAGUUAUUGAAUUGGAUGCAUCCCAUGCAUACAGUUAAUACUAACAUAGCCACUAUCAAGAUGUGGUUUUCGAAAGCUGAAGGUGAUACCCUUGAAAAUGUGACACGUGAUUUGGAGGCAAUGAUGACAUCUGGAUUGUAUGAUUUUCAUCUCGGUGUGAAAGUAAGAGAUGGAAUUUUAGAGACAUUCCUGUUGACUUCUCAAGCAUCUGAUGAAUGUGAUCUUGAGCUUGUUUACACUCGCCAAUCAGAAAGUGUUUUGGAGGCACAAACUUUAUCAGAUCAAGCAUUAUCAAGCAAUGCCAUUGAUGUCAUGAGGUCUUUACCUCAUCAUUUUUGUGUAGCCAGGAAGCUUGCUGGUGGUGAAGAACCAACUCUUAGUGAAAAAGUAAAAGGCAUUGAGCAACUACGCAUGGAAGCUAUCAGCCAUUCCAAACAAGGCUCUCGUGGUCGAAUUCGUACUUCUGUAACUUUGAAGGCAGAAGUUCGAUUGCAUGGUGAAGAGUUAGAUGAUUUUGUUCGUAAGUUGGGGUUUAUGCAGGGUGAGGGUAAUGACCAACAACAGGUGCAAAUGAGAAAGUUUUUGAAGAAGAAGGAAUUGGUGCAGGAUAUGUUUGAUGUAUGCUCUCAACUUCACAGGCUUGGCGAACCAAAUUAUCGAGACAAACAGCUUCAACAUGGAGUUGCCACUAGUCUGGAAGAUACAAAAGAUCAAUUGAAGAUGUAUCAAGCUGACUUAAAGACUUGGCAACAACAUGUCAGUGAUUUGCAGAAGAAAUAUGAGCAGUUGCUUUUUUUCAAUAUUCGACAAAUUCUUGCUUUGGCUAAGGCAUUGACAAGUAGAGACUUUUUAGAGGUUGCAAAUUUUGUUUCUCCACUGUUUACAAAUAGCCAAGAUUUUGUUAAAGUCUUACAAAGCAAGAUACCUCAGUAUUGCCAGCAGAUAAAGGACGCUUUUGCUACUGUGUCACCUUUUCAGCUGUGUGGAGAGUUCCUAACGGCACUAGUAGCAGAUGAUGCUAUAAUGACAUAUUUGGUCCCAAAACCAAAAAGCUAUAUCAAGAACUCUGAACCAGUUGGUCAUACUGUUGGUCAUACUAUUCAUAAAGCAUAUUCAUUUGGUCCUGAUCAAAUUCUUCGACUGCUAUUUCAGAUAUAUCAAGGGCCUCCUGAGUCGUUUGAGGUGUUACGGUGUACUGCCAACACAACGGCAGAAGACAUUAGCCUUUUUCUCCAAAGGGCAGCAAAAUUUGCGCACAGAGCAUUUGUAAUGGUGCAUGUGAAUCACCUUAGAACCAACCUGCAAGAACAAGUUCUUCGAUUUCAACUUGAUCCAACAAGUCAAUCAGUGCAAAUGCACUAUAUCUUGGAUUGGCAUUCCAUUUGCCAUGAUGCUCCUUGGAUCAAUGUUAAGCAUUACAAAGAAAGUAAACUUAAACUUUCAGAGUCAGCAGUAUUACAGCUGUGCCAAGAAAGAGUGCUGCAACCUCUAGGCAUGAACAGAAUUGAUGUAGUAUUUGGUAGACCUGGCGAUGGGAAGUCUCACUACAUCAAAAAGCAGAUGAAGUUGUGCAAAGGUGAUACUUGCAUUAUAGCAGUGCAUGAGGCAUUUAGUGUGCAGAAGGCCAUUCAAAUGCUGCAAUCAAUGAAACCUCAAGUACAUCCACAAGGCAACUGCGUUUACUUUAACAUUACAAUUUCACCUCCAAGAAGCACAGACAGCAAAGAAGCAGAGCAAUAUUGUCACAUUAUGAAUGAGUUUCAUUGGUUUUUGUUUGACUUAGUUGGCAUGAGUUUUGUACAGGACUCUGCAACAGGCCAGUCAUUUAGGCUCAAAGCUGGAUAUAAUUGGCAGUUUUAUGUUGAAGUUCCAUCAGUUGCUGAUGAACAGGAUGCUGGCAAAGGAUUGAUGAACUUUCUUGCUUUAGUGCCUUUCCUGAAAUAUGUUGGUAGGCAGCAUCAUGUCAAACAGGAUGACCCACUUGAUAUCACUGAUGAUAUGCAGCUAGUGUGCAAGUACCUGAAAGCAUUGAAGAAUCCAAAACACAUAAAUCGUUUGUAUCGUCGUAAUCGGCAAGUAAAAUUUUCUACUGAUCCAGACUUGGAUUAUCAAACAUGUCAUCAACUUCUUCAAGAAGCAAUGGAAGAUCACGUCAGAAAAAAUAAGAUUAUGCAGGAGCUAUUUGUGAAGUACAUGAAACGACGAUGCAAAGUACUCGAGAACUUACCAGGAUUUAACUUCAAUCAAGGGGAAGGAUUUGCUGUAGAUAAGAAAACUGGGAAACAGAAACGCUGUGAUACAAAACAACUGGGCUCAACAUUGCUAUCUACAAUGUUGAGGGAAGUGAAUAGCUUUUGCCACCCUGACAUUCAAGAGGACUGGAAACUACAUUCUCAUCAACAGCUUGUAUAUGAUGUGAAAAAUGAAUCAGGUAGCAUCUUGUUUCUUUCAAUCAACCCAGACAAACUGGAUUCUGAUGAACGAGAGAAGCUCGAGAAAGUAGGGAUUGAGAUUCCAUCUGUAAGGGACUUGAAAAGUCGUCAACUGCUUGAUGAAUAUUUAGCCAGGGCUCUCAAUGUUGAUCAAGAAGCUUAUCAAGUACCUCCGAAGGGUCAAUCUAAAUAUGGACUUGCCCAAAUAGAUGAAGCAAAGUAUGUGUUAACAGUAGAUUAUGCUGUCAAGAUGCUUAAUAUUCAUGAAAGACGAAUGUGUGGUGUUCCAGUGGUCAUUGAAGGAGAAACAGGUGUUGGCAAAACAGCUCUUUUGCAAAUGUUGUCUCGUCUCUGGAAUAAGUCAUUGAUGAGAUCUCGCCGCAUUGCACUUGAUAGCAUAGCUGAAAUUUUACAAAUGAGAGCUGGGGCAGUGCAUGCAGCUGAUGAUUUUGAAGUCCGGUGGGACUCAGAGGAUGUGAAAGCAGCAAUUCAUGUUGCUAGUUGUAUCAAUACUGGGACUACUCCAGAUCGAGAGUUCGUCAACAAAGUAUGUUCCAUAUCGUGGGAAGACAUCCGGAAAGUACUGCUGGAUGCUGUUGUUGAUCCUUCCAUGUCCUUGUUUGAUAUUGACAAAACAGUAAUUACCAAUGCCAAAGAUCACAAUGCUUCCUUGCAUACUGCAAGGCUUCUGGAAGCCUUCUUGAGUGCACAUGUGAUGAACACUUUUCAUAAAUUGAAUGUGCAUGCAGCUCUUACACCAAAAGACUUUCAUCAAUUCUUUACUCCAAUAUUUAAGCAAGCAGAAGAGCUGCAGAAACUGACGAUGGAACGGAGUGGAGAACAACCACCUACAGUUGUUGUUUUUCUUGAUGAAAUUAAUACAUCAUCAUGCAUGGGGGUUAUCAAAGAAUUGCUUGUUGAUCGGAGCGUAGAUGGUGGUUUAGUUCCAGCUAAUGUCUUUCUUGUUGCUGCUUGCAAUCCACAUCGGGGUAGCAGUGCUGUCAUAUGUAAGUCUUCAAAGCGAGAUGACUGGGUUUUGGGCUCUUAUUAUGUUAGACCACUUCCACCAACUCUUCGUUUUCUAGUUUGGGAUUAUGGUGCUUUGGAUGAAAGCCAAGAACAUGAUUACAUUCAAGAAAAGAUUACUAUGAAUCGUGGAGAAUUGAGUCUUCAAGUAUUGCAGCACACAGAUUUGAUUGCAAAGUGCCAAUCAAUAACUCGUGGAUUUGCGGUGGAGCAACUGCAGCAUGUUGAAUUCACGUCUAAGGAAGCAGUUACAAGAGCCAAGAGUUCAGUCAGCCAGAGAGAUAUUCAGAGGGUAUUCACUCUGACUGCAUACUUUGAAAAUUUUCUUCGAGACUAUUUUCAAUCAAAGUCUAGUGAGUGGAGGGGACGUACUGCUAUUUUAGCAUCACUUGGCAUUGUGUACUAUUUGCGACUGGAUGAAAAGUACAGGGAGAAGUUUGUCUCUCAUCUCAAGAAACUUGAAAUAAGUACUAGUGUUCAUGACUUCAGCAGUGUUUUUGAAAGUGUGAUGAACAAGUACGUAAAUGAGAUGUAUAUUCCAUAUGGAAUUGCUAAAACUAGAGCGCUAAAGGAGAAUCUGUUUGCAACUAUUGUGUGUACAGCUUGUGGUCUUCCUCUCAUUAUUGUUGGACCUCCAGGAUGUUCCAAAACUCUCUCCUUUAAUUUAGCUUUAGUAAACAUGAAGGGAGCAGAAUCUCGACAGUCAUUUUUUCGAAACACGAAGCACUUUCCAGCUCUUGAUUCAUAUCAUUAUCAAUGCUCAAGGCGAUCGACUUCACUUGAAAUAGAAAAUGUCUUUAAGAGAGCUAUUAAGCGACAAAAGAAUCACAACAUGUCUCAACUGCCAAUCAAGUGUGUUGUGUUCAUGGAUGAAGCUGGUUUACCAGAAGAAAGUCACGAAUCUUUGAAAGUGCUGCAUUAUUAUCUUGAUGACCCAAAAGUGUCUUUUGUUGCAAUUACUAAUCACAUUCUUGAUGCUGCGAAGUCCAAUCGAGCUGUUAAUCUGUUUCGUUCGCAGACAGACGAAAAGGACUUGAAGAUGCUGGCUGAAGGUUGUCUUUGCUCUAAUCCUUCUCAGCCACCACCAGAACUUCAAAGCAUCAUAGCUGCUGUUGAUAAAUUUUGUGUCGCUUACAAAAGUAUUAUGGUCAAGGAGCAUUUUAGAAAGUUCUUUGGGCUGAGAGACUUUAUUCACUUUAUCAGCUACAUUCGACGUCAUUGUGGUGAAUUGACUCCUGAACGUGUAUUGAAUGCACUUGAACGAAACUUCAAUGGCUUAGAACAAGACAAUUUUAGAUCAAUUGCAGAAACCUUUUUGAAACAGAUGAAUUGCUCUCUUCCUUUAAAUAGUCUGAAGCAAAGAAAUACAAUAGAGGUAUUACGAGAGAGUCUUGCAGAUGUCAGUCUUGCUCAAUCAAGAGAGAAUGAAGAUAUUGAAGCAGAAGUUCGAUACAAACUGGUUAUUGACACAAGUGAUGAUGAUUCUAUGGUAAGACUCUUGUUCAAGUAUAAUGUCUUGGACCAAUCUUCAACUCGCACAUUUACAUGCAGCAGCUUUCCUGGUGAUGGUGAAAUCCAGAGAGUCCAUGUCAUAUCUGCUAUCAAGCAUGCUAUUUUGGAAGGACGAACUGUCAUUUUCAGGCAGACUGAUGACAUCAACGAGAGCUUUUAUGAUCUCUUUAAUCAACACUUUAGAAGAAUUGAUGAUGCGAAAUUUGAUGGUGGUAGACGUUAUUAUGCAAAUAUUGCCAUUGGGUCACACUCAAAACCUUGUAGGGUCGAUCCUAAAUUUCAGUGUAUUGUGCACCUACAACAAUCUGAGGUUGAUAGUGCACCUGCUCCAUUUCUGAAUCGAUUUGAGAAGUUCUUAGUGUCACAAGAUGAUCUGCUGCAGACUGCUAAUGGCGCAUUGCCUCCAGUGAUAGGCCAACUCAUGUCUUUAGUUAUGGAUAAAUCAAAGUCGUUCUAUGAGGCCGUCGGACAGAGGACUUUUUAUGGUUCUACGAUGCAGACAUUGCAGUCUCUGUUUUUGGAGCUUCUGCCUCCUGUCAAAGAGAAACGAAAUCACUUUCUGGAGUCUAUUGUUGAAUCAUUCAUCUACUUAGAUGAUAGCAACAAUAAUGAGGAUGAGGAUGAAGAGGAGGAGGAGGAGGAGGAGGAUGGUCAGGAUGAGAAGGCGUACUAUUACAUUGACGAAACUGUGUGGGAUCAAGAAGCUCCUACAGUCAUUGAACAUCUAGAAGAUGUUCUUAGAAACAAGCUGGGAUUUCAUUUCUCGACGAGAGCUAAACAAGAACGUCAAUUUCAAUGUAGUGCAAUCUUUUCUGCUGUUCUACAGCUAUUUGAUGAAUCUGAUGGAAAUGUAUGCCGUCAUGAACUUGCUGCAAAUCCAAGAAUUAUUCAGUUAUGGCUUGCAAAAGGCCUUCAUGAUUUGUCUCGCAGACCUUUUCUAACAACAAGCAUGACGAUUAGUGGACACUAUGGGGGUGCUGUAAGUAGAGACUGCAGUUUUGCUGUUGCAACAUUUGUGCAGUGGACUGUGUUUCAUGUAUGCAGUAGUCUGUUGAAAAUUGCAACUCCAGAAUCCUUAAUUCUGCAGCAUGGAAAGAUUCCACAGCAGUAUGUUCUGGAGUACUUGAAUUUUCAACCUCACUUUGCUUUGAAAGAUGUCAUUCUGGCUCACAGAGAUUUUCCUAAAGCACCAGGAUUUGCUUCUAAGGUGAUGUGUUUCACAAGAACUACUGCUGCAAUCCACAAAUUGCCUUCUAGCUAUUCUUGGAGUAGCACUGCAAAUGAUGACAGCUUUAGUAGUCAGACAAUGAAGAAGUUGCUGCCUGGUGGUUUGACCUGUAGUGUAAUGAUGUUAAAGCUGGAAAGUGUCUAUACUUUAGAGUCUUUCACAAAUUCUUUAAGGGAGUUUAUGGAGAAUAGCUUCCCUGUAUUUCUUGUUAUUGCCAACAUGAAAAUUUGUAAUCAGAAGAGGAUCAACCAUGUACGAGCUCUAAUAGAAGAAUGUGAACUGACAUCAACAGUUAAUACUAAUGGUACUUCGGGUGUGAAAAGAAGCUUUGUUCUCUUACUCCAUUUUCCUCCAAGUUUGGGUCUGUCCAAGGCGUGUUAUCCAACCUUGUUUCUACAUGGAUGGGAACACAUUUAUCUUGAUAGCAGUUUUGAAGUAGAACAGACAGAUCUGGUCAAUUUGUGCAAUUGGAUGCAACUGUAUUUCUCAGAACAUGGCCAGUGCAAAACCGGUAUCAGCUGUGUGUCAGAGCUUUUUGGUCUGUUUUUGGGAAGGUUAAAGGAAAGUCUGAAACAACUUUUGCCUCAGGCAAUUGAUGUUGCAGUAGCUCGUGUCAAAUUUGGAGCAGUUAAUGAUUGUUACUUAAAUGGGAAAUUGGAUGCUAGAAAAAGAGCAGAAUUACUGCAGGAACUUCUGAUCAAGUUUCCUAGUCUUGCAGAAUUUUUGUGUGAAAGGUUUGCUAAGCUGUGGGACCUUGAAACCAUUGCUGAUCAGCUGUUAACGGCAGUCCAGUCUCAAGAUUCAUGCUUAACGGUUUCUGAAUGCAUUCAGAGUCGACUCAGGACUUUGUUUUAUAACUACACAUCACUAUCUCUUUUCCAACUAAAUAAAGACUACAACUUGGAAAUUCUUUGUGAACCUUGCACGUUAAAUGAUGAAGAUCUUGCAGUAAAGGACUUGUUUGUGAAGAUGUGUAAAACGUUACCAAUUCCUCAGCUCAAUGAACUUUGGUUGCAGAACCAUACAUUUGAUGCCAGAAAAGCUGUUGGUCAUAGUCAUCAAUGUCCUGUAUUUCCUUUCUUCAGUCUUGUUGCACAAGAGAUGGAACAAACCCUUGAUCGCAUUCUGGUAACAAUGAAUGAAGAAGUUGCAUCUGACCUUAAUGAUAAACAAAUGGCAGACAAGGGAGAAAUGAAAUCAGAGAAGAAGGGUGUCAACCGUCGUGACAUAAAGAAGAAAGCUGCUUCUCAGUUGUUGGAGAUGCUGACAUCACCAGUGGAAGACACUACUGUGGACGGUCUUGCUGCUGCUCGGUUGGCUUGUCAAGCAAUAGAUGGCAGCAAGGAAUUGUGGGAUCGAUAUUUGGCUGAUUUUGCACGUGUGCAAUGGCACUGUUACCUUGGACAUCACAGGAGCCAGGAGCAUCAUCUACUGAAGACGUGGCUUGAUGGCUUGCAAGGAUACUCAGCCAAGGAGUGCUUUGUUGAACUGCACGUUAUUGCUCGGUUGUCCCAGAAAAGUGUUAGUACUACUGUUGCUGCCUUGCGCCCACUGGAGUCAUUGGAAGCUCUUUAUGUGGAUAUCAAGCCGUCUGAUAUCUCUAUGGAUAUAACUGAAUCUGGACGAGAACUUGAAGGGCAACUGUACACUUACAUUACUAAUGUGAUGUAUGGCUAUUUGAAGAACAUGCUUUGGGUCCCAUUGUUUGUUGACAGUACAUCCCCAUCAUGUACUGAAGGACCAUUAAUGAGGUGGUGUUUUGCAUAUCAAAACUUGAUUGCUAGCUUAUCUGCCAUGAGAGUGUAUCGACCCAAAGAUGUGUAUGUUCGAUCUAAGCUUCAAGCCAUUCACACCAUAUUUGUUUUUGUGAAAGCACUCAACUUUGAUCAAUCUGCUUUUGCUACUGCAGCAGCAGUGAACCUAGUGCAGGAGAUAUGUCAGACAUGUGAUGCUCAGGCUAAUAGUUUAAGACAGAUUUCUUGUAGCGUUCAGAGCUUGGUAUUGAGGAGCAUAGUAGAAAGUGGUCUAUCAUGUUUACGUCAAGCCUAUCAGUUUAAAGAAAAAGAGCUUUCACGGUCUGAUGUGGAUGCCUUGUUCAAUGCAGAAAAUGCAUUUGUAGAGGAUGUUCUGACGUUUUACUUUCCUGUUGUUCCACCAGGCAGUGGCUUAUUCUGCUCAUUGCCUGACUGCGAUUGGCUGUUGACUAUGAUCAACAGCCAGCACCAUUGGUCGGUUGAAACUGUGCAGCAGCCAGGAGAUCGGGCUCGUGCAACAAGUCAAAGUCUGUCAAAGGAGGAGUCAGUCAGUAGCAGUGAUGACUUGCCUAUUGGAUCUGUGCAUUUUAAAGUUGCUCAGCACUGUUUAAUGCAAGCUCUGCAGUCAACAGUAGAGAACGACGAUAAGAUGGGUUUCAAUUCUGAGAUUCGUCAAAGGGUCGGUGAAGCUCUCUAUGACUCUAGUGCAACUGAUAUGGAAUCAUUUAUACCAGUAUGCUACCCUAAGCGCAUCAAUUCUUGCUCACAUCGACCAUUGGCUUCUGUUUACUUUCAUUGCUGCUUGGACCAACUAAAUGCAACUGUUAACAGCCCUGCUUUUUCUAAUUUGCUUCAACUCCUUAAUCAGUAUGAUGAGGAGAUUCAGUCAUCAAGCUACCCCUUUGUGGCUGUGUUGCAAGUAGAGUGUCAAGCUGUUACUCAGGUUGUUAUUCGGAAGUUCUCUGAGAUGUUUGAACCAGGAUCUGUUGAACUGCUAAAGCCAAUUCUCAAUGAAUGUGCCAUUGAUCGGGUCAACCAGUUGUUUGAUGAUGAGAGAUGGGGUGGUGGCAAAAGUAGUGGUCAUAUAUUAGCAUUUCUUCAUCAUUUGUCGCUACGUUUAAGGAGUACAGGAAAACUGAUUCGCAUUUUUACGGAGGAAUUUGAUACUUUCUGUUGUCCAUUUCCUUGGAUGUUGGAUGUGUUCAAUCAGCUCAAGGAAAAACCGAGAAGGCAAUCUCAGUUAUUGCCAUUUAUGUUGGGCGACAGUUCAGAUGAAAUUUUUCAGUUAACAUUGUACAAGCAGGUUAAAGAUCUUGUGGAUGUUGUAGCACAAGCUGCAUUAAAGGGAGACACCAAGCGUGAAGAUGUUGCUGUUGAUGAGCUUUGUAGCUUUUGCAAAAGUGAAGCAUGCAAAGGCAAAGAACACAGUGCACAUCUGCGGAUGAUGUUUUGUUUAGCUGUUUACUAUCAGCUGUAUGAAAAGAAGAUUUCAAGUCAGUGCUUAGCUGAGAAAGUGUUUGUCCUUAAGUGCAUUGAUUUGGAUGAACAAAAGUGCUGUUUAUUGGCAUGCUUUGCUGCUCCAAAGACUAUGGUGUGUUGUCCUGAACCUUCCAAUCCUAUAAAUUCUGAUGAAGUGAGACUUGAACUACAUGGUACUAAUGUUAGACGACAUGUGAAACAUAGGGAUAAGGAUACAGCAGACAGAGAUCCUCUUUGGGAUCUGUUCUGUCCAGCUAACAUUGACACACAAGAUUCCUCUGAUGUUGAUCUAAGACGAGCUCUUGCUUUUCUUGCUGCAGUCGUCGUGAGCCUUCCAGCAGGCUCAACUCAUGUUUGGACUCAUGUGUUCAGACCUGAUGCUUUAGAGGGAACAUAUGUCACUGGAAAUUUGUACCCUAAUGUUGUGAAACGUGAUGGGCUUUUGUAUGACUGUGGCUGUGAGCUGACUGCUGAUGGCUUUUGGGGGCGAACUGAUUAUGAAGUUCGUGGUCAGAAAGGCCCAUUAAACCUCCAUUCUCUUUAUCUCUUGCUUUGGAUCAACUUUGGUUCAUUUUGUUUGUCACUGUUGACUCAAUGUGAUGCUCAGCACGCGAUCAAAGGUGCUGUGAUCUCCGAGUGGCAGUCUGUACGUCACUACUGUCUCUCCCAAGUAAAAACAAUGUGGAUGCUAAUGAGAAACAACCUGAAUUUCUCUGAUGAAGAAAGGACUCUAUUUGUUACAUUAGCUUUACAUAAAUUCUAUGAAGUAGCACAAAGGACCAAUUCACCUCUCUGUGGCACAGUGUUUACUAAUUUGGAGGGUCUGGAACUGUACGAGAAAGUAUUUCACAAGAACGUCUUCCAGCCAGUUUUGCAACAGUGUGAAGACAAAACUACUACCGAUGAGAAAAUCUGGCAACAACAUCCUUUUUUGAUGUCUAUUAGACGAUUCUCAGCCACUUACCCUGUGCAGCCUACAUACAAAGACUUUUUGCACAGCCUUGAACACAUACAAGGGGCUAGUUGUGUAAGUGCCUCUGAGGAGUUGUCUGUUCUUUCUAAAUUUGUCAGAGAAAAGCAACGACUGCGUAUUGGUGGACUUCUCUUGCCAGAUUUAGUCGAGUUUUAUGUGUGGUUGCAUCAACAGCUUUCUCAUCUGGUGACAAUGAAACAGGCAUGUGAACUGUCUAUUGGGGAUGUUGUGGAACGACUUGCUAAUCGUUACAGCAGAAAUUACGCAGCCUACAUUCAAAGACUGUUUGCAAGAGUGCAAGAAAACUACAACAAGUUUGUUGAACUGAGUGGUGGAGUUAUCGGUCAAGGAGCUUGUUUGCAAGUGUACCGACAGAAUGAUCUACAACCGAUCAGUAAAAAGGAAACAAAACUAGCACAACUGCUGAGUGACACAAUAGAGGAGGAAGGUGGUCCGGAUGCUCUUUUUGUUGUUAUCAAAACUUUGGUUACUACUCAGAAUGACUUUAUGCAAGCAGUGAUGACAGCUGAUCAUUUUCUUGCAAAAAACUGUACAUCUUCAUCUUCAAAAUUUAUGCUACCAAACGAAAGAAAAGUUAGUGUCCUUGAAUUGCAAUUUCAUAACUGCUUGAUGGGAGACAUCACUCCAGAAGAGCUGCAACAAUAUUUAAAAAGAGAGGUUGAGUCAUCGAGUGAGGAGCCUGGAGCAGAGCUAAUGAAGAUCAUCUGUAGGCACCAUUUAUAUGUGCCUGGUGCUGGAAUUAUGGAGGAAGAAGGAACACCUGCUGAUCUUAUUGCUAGCUUGUUAGGAAGAUACAAUUUUAAAACAAACACAAUGUUUGAUUUUCACAGACUACAGCAAGAUGUUGUGACACAGUUUAUUGCUGGAAAGCCAUUUAUCAUUGAUCCAUCACAAAGUCGUAUCGUAUUCCAUUAUCGACAAGAGAAGGCUGUGCAGCUGCAUUCUGUGUUGAGAUCCUCUGACAACAUUGAUGUCCAUAUUGACUUACUUACUCUAGAGGGUGAACUUCCAAUGUCAUUUAAGAGCCAAUUAUCGGUAUCUCAGAAGAAAGAAAUUAAUAUUGUUUUUCAUAAUCUGAAUUACAGCGGCUUUGGUGAUGUGAUCAAAGCUCUUAGGGCUGUUGCCGGUCACCUUUCUCAGGCUAUCAUGGAGGCGGAAUCAAGUGGCAAAGAAGCAUUGAGUGCAAAGUGUGAACAGCUAGCACAAAUGACUAUUGGCAACUUCUUACUGGAUCAAGUGUACAAUGAAUCUGCUUGGAAUCCAGAAUUGGGAUCAAGAAUUGGAUUUCCAUGCCUGCUGGAUGAUCGCCAGCGUGAAGCUGUGCUUCAUACUUCUAUGUCUGAACUCUAUGAAACACUUAGUAUGUUGUCUUCAAAGCUGUGUGAUGGAGAGUACGAGUUCGCCCACCUUCCUUUAACACUUAAAAGUCCACUGUCUGACUCAGCCAUAGAAAGAAUCAACAACCUGCCUACAGCUUAUGCAGAGAGAGGCAAAACAUCAGCAGUUGUGGAACACAUUAGAGUCUUUGAUCAGACACUUCUCCAUUCUGAACAUGAUCUUGAGCAACACUCAAAGGAGAGUAGUAUGGCUCAUUACUUAGUUCAAACUAAGUUUUAUGAUUUGGAUGAACUUCCUGUUUGCUUGUUGCCAGAAGAGGUCAGAGUAGAACACUACAUGCAUCUUCGACUGGCCAUAAAAAGGGUUUUAGCACUGCAGGAAGGCAAUGCUCAGCGUGAUGAUGGCAAUAAUUAUCGCUGGUCCGAUGUAGUCUUGUCUUUACCAAAGGAAUUCCCACAGCUUGAUCACAGAUCUCAGCCUAAAUCAGCAUCUAUGGUGUCACAAGUGCCAUUUAUUGAACUGGGUGGCAAGGGUAGAUUGUAUAAUCCACUGUGGUUUGAAAGGCCAGGUGUUUGUUCAGAUACCAUGUCUGCAUCACCAGAUGAUAGAGAUGAUGAAGACAGUGAGUUUGAACCAGAUGAUGAUGAUGAUGCUAUGAAAACUGCAAUUCCUACACUUCGGCCUAUUGUUGUAUCUGAGUCUAACGAGUUGUUGGACACUAGUUCUACCAUAGAAGAUGGAGAUGAGAACACUGUGAAAACAGUUGAGUCAUCUGAAUCUUCAAGCAGUGAAUGGGAAGAAAUUGAAUUUGUAGAUGAACAGCUUGUACAUGAAGCUAGCAAACCUAUUAAUAUUGCUGGCAAUAGAAUGGGUAACAAACAGUUAGAAUUGCUACUUGCAGAAGCUGCAGAAGAAUCUCGCUCAACAGAAGCAACGGGAGAAACAGGAACAUUGGAUGUGAGCAAACUACUAGAGAACUUCAGUCCAGAUCAAAGAAAGAGUUUGAUGCAACAACUUCAGGCUGAGAAAGAGAAAGACUUAAGUUCUAUGACUGUUGAUGAUGUUGCACGGUUAUUGGAGGAGCAUGGGUUGAGUGAGUAUGUAGAAUCAUUCAAAGGAAAUGGGAUCGGUGGUGCCAUGUUUCAGGAACUUGACAAAGAUGCUCUCAAAGAUCUAGGGGUCAAAGCACUCCACUGCUCCAAGAUUAUGAGCAUCAUUAAACAGGAAAAGAAGCAGUGACUGUUGCUGUAUUGCACUAAAUAGUGUGUGGGUUGUUGAAAGGGUUUUCAUCAUUGAUUAAUGUUUUUAUGUUCAUUUUAUGCAAGUGGUUUCAAGUAUGGAAGGAAGUAGCAAGUGGUUGUUGUUACUGGUUUUUAAUAUCAAUCAUUUAGUAUGCAGUGCUUUCCUACAAUACAUUUUAUGCAUACGUGUAUGUAAGUUUGGCCUCCCUGUACGCA